AUGGAUUGGCAGGAGAAGGAUGUGCUCGUCAUCGACGAGGUGAGCAUGCUCGGGGCGCGGACGCUGCACGCCGUGAACGAGCGGCUUCGCCGGCUUCGCGGAUCGCGGCAAGAUUUCGGGGGGAUCCCCAUCGUCCUCUUCUGCGGAGAUUUUCAGCAGUUCCGGCCGGUCCAGAGAGACAACUCGUUCAAGGCCGAGCAGCGUCACCAGCACGACAAAGCGCACGCACUGUGGAAGAGGUUCACGACGGUCGUCAUGCUGGACGAGCAAAUGCGCGCCGCCGGCGACCCGGAGCUGCAGAGGCUGCUGAAGCGGAUCCGUCUAGGCGUGCAGGAUCGGACGGAUCUAAACCUCCUCAACUCAAGGAAUCGGUGGAACCUGAACAUGGAGGCGAGCCUGGCGUUCCGGGUCCAGCAGCGGUCGACGAUGCGCAUUUUCAUCUCCGAGCACAAGUGGAAGGAGGAGCUGCCGACGGAGGAAGAGGCGAUCAUGAUACUCAACCAGGGCGACGAUAGCGCGAUCCCGGUGCCGGCCGUCUUCAUGUUCGUGGCCGGGAUGCCCAUCGUCGUGAACCACAACACCCACCAGGGGCUGAAGCUAGUGAACGGCGCGAGCUACUCGGCGGUGGAGGUCAUUGUCGACAAGGCGUACCCGGGGCAUCGGAUCUCGGCCGAUAUGACGAUCCACUUCGGGCCGCCGGCGGGAUGCGGUGCCGGGGAAAAGGCCCGUGGCAACGCAACGACGUCAGCCGAAAGGUGCGACCCGUACGGCCUGUACGUGCAGCUAUCGCGCUGCCGAACUCUAGACGGCAUCAUGCUCGUGUCCAAGGUGCGGGACAGAGACUUGGUGGGCAACCGGGUCCCCGAGGAGAUGACUGCCGCACAGGCCAGGCUCGAGGUACUGAGCGAGAGGACCGUUGAGGAGGCGUUGCGCUGGCUGGACGGUGAUGCUGAAGAGUCAAGGCGGCCGCGCUAG